GACUGCGAGUGGACAGCGGAUAAGUCCAUAACUUUUCGUUUUUUUGUUUAUUAUUACCUGAAAGUGAUUUAUCGUUAAAAAAAAAUAUUUAAACUCUUUAAUUUGUCAAUCAUUCUACAUCACUGGAAACGUAAAGGCAGUGGCAACGAGACACGCAGUUGUUCCCGACCAAUCGACUAGAUUUUUUUAGGAGGAUUUUUACCAAAAAAAAAUCAUUCAAUUAUUGUUCUGGCCGUUUGGAAAGAAAAUAGGCUACCGAAACGAACAAAACGCAGCAGUAACAUUAUUUUCGUUCAUGUUGAGACUUGAGGGGGUUUUCAAGUGCUUCAAUUGCGGAGUCUAGACAUCGAAUUGAGAGGACAUUUGGGAGAAGUAGAGGGCUCGCGGACAAAGAGUGGACCGAAUACAUCCCAAGGAUACGAUAAGUUUCACAUACAUGCGUCCCCUUUUUGAAAAUGACAGAGGGGACAUAGGACAACGGUGCUAUAUAAUUGUAUAGCCAAGCUGUACAAUAUUCUAUAGCACUAUAAAGGAAAGUUUUCCCUCAAAUGAAAGUUCAUAUUUGAUUGACUAUGCUAGAUCUUUAAAGAAACUGGUGGUUGAUUCUUUUUAAUCGACUUAUUCCAUGAGAUAUUGACUUGCAACCGUCCGUCAAAGCAAGGUUUUCCUUGAAAUGCUGUGACCACAUUUUUGUAUUACUCAUUUCCAGUGAAACUGGUGUUUGAACUGUGGUCCGUGUCAGAUGUGGUCAGUGUUGCGGCCAAUGGGUACACGGUCCAGCUGACGGUGCCACUAAAUUCCCAGUUACACGUUUUUUUGACCAACACGACCGAAGGAGUUCGUUUAUAUUACRGAUAAUCUGUAUGCCAUUAUGAAUUUCAUAUCCAGGCGCAUUGCCCCACUUUGGCUGGUCCUGCUGGAAUGUGUGCUUCUGUCGACAGCAGAGGARGAGGUCCUGAUGAACACUAGGACCGAGACGUCAGAUCUCAGGUGGACCAUCUACUCCCGUGACAACCCUCAGUGGGAGGAGGUGAGUGGUCUGGACGAGGAGAACAACAGUGUGAGGACCAAUCAGAUCUGCCAGACGGACGGCUUGUCCAGCCAUUGGCUGCGCAGCGGGCUGAUCCAGCGGCGGGGAGCGUCCCAGGUGUACGUGGAGCUGCGCUUCACCAUGAUCGAGUGUUCGUCCAGUGUCACACACCACCGCAGCUGCAAGGAGACCUUCAACCUUUACUACUACCAGGCCGACUCUGACGAGGCUACGCCCACUCACCCAUCCUGGAUGGAGAACCCCUAUACUAAGGUGGACACAGUGGCAGCUGACUUCCUGCUGAGGAAGGGCGGAGAGCGUAAGUUCAAUGUGAAGACCCUGCGGCUGGGGCCUCUGUCUAAGAGGGGCUUCUACCUGGCCUUCCAGGCCCAGGGAGCCUGCAUGGCCCUGCUGUCUGUCAGGGUGUUCUUCAAGAAGUGUCCCGCCCUGGUCAGCUCCCUGUCCUCCUUCCCUGAGACUGUGCCCCGGACCCUCGUACAGGAGGCCCAGGGGGUGUGUGUGGACAACGCCGCCCAGCAGGGGCCCCGGCCACGCCCUCCCAAACUCUUCUGUGGAGAGGACGGCCAGUGGGUGGGCCAGCCCACUACUUCCUGUGGCUGUUUGUCCGGAUAUGAGCCCGCUGAUGGACACAGCCGCUGCUCAGCCUGUCCUGUGGGUCAGUUUAGGUCCGCCUCGGGGGGCCAGUGCCAGGCCUGUCCAGGGUUUAGCCAUGCGAUGGUGACGGGCUCACCUGUGUGUCAGUGUCGUCCAGGAUACCUCCGCGCUGACUCGGACACCCCAGACACCCCCUGCACCAGGCCCCCCUCUGCCCCACGAAGCAUCGUCACCCAGAUUAACGACACCACGGUGACCCUAGAGUGGAGCGAGCCCCAGGACAGUGGUGGCCGGACUGACCUGAGCUACUCUGUGGAGUGUUCUCUGUGUGGGGCCCCCUGGGGCCCCUGCUCUCCCUGCGGGGACAGUGUCAGCUACCGGCCCUCUCAGCGUGGCCUGCUGGGCCGCAGGGUGGUGGUCUGGGGCCUCAUGCCUCACACUACAUACACCUUCUCCAUCCAAGCCCUCAACGGGGUCACCCCGCCCAACGGCAAGGGGGCUCCCAGCGACAGUGUCAACAUCACAACCAGUCACGAUGUUCCAGUUCUGGUGUCUGUGAUCAGGAAGAGUAUCUCUACAGAGAGCAGUCUGACUCUCCACUGGUCAGUUCCAGCCCAGCUGCACUAUACUAUCCUGCAGUACCAGCUACGUUACUGUGAGACGGAGCGUCGAGGUGAGGAGCAGGGGCAGUUGUGUAGCUACAGGGAGAGUGACAACCAGGUGGUGCUGAGUGAUCUCCGCAGGGCCACUCAGUAUGACGUGCAGGUCCGGGCUCGCACCAUGGCCGGCUACGGCAGCUUCAGCCCAGCGGCCUCCUUCGCACCAUGCUGGCAUGACUCUCCUUCCCAGCUUCUGGUGACCGGUGUCCUUAUCGCCAUGGGAAUGCUGCUGCUUGUUACUGUCAUCACUGUGGCUGUCUUCUGCAUACGUAGACACAGCAGGAUGAAGGACCCAGAGCUGAGUGACAAAAACGGCCAGUACCUCCUGGGCCAAGGAGUCAAGGUCUAUAUUGACCCCUUCACUUACGAGGACCCUAACGAGGCCAUACGGGAGUUUGCCAAGGAGAUCGAUGUUUCAUUUGUCAAGAUCGAGGAGGUCAUUGGUGCCGGAGAGUUUGGGGAGGUGUGUCGGGGAAGACUGAAGGUUCCAGGGAAGAAGGAGAACUACGUGGCCAUCAAGACACUGAAGGGCGGCUACACAGACAAGCAGAGGCGGGACUUCCUGUCGGAGGCCAGCAUCAUGGGCCAGUUCCAGCACCCCAACAUCAUCCACCUGGAGGGCAUCAUCACUGCUUCCUGUCCCGUCAUGAUCCUCACUGAGUUCAUGGAGAACGGAGCGCUCGACUCCUUCCUUAGGGUCGGUCUAUCUACUGUCUUGUCAACUUGCUCUCGAGAAUCCCUCAUCCGCUGGAGCUCCCCAGAAGCCAUCGCCUUCAGGUUCACCCUCGCCUCCGACGCCUGGAGCUACGGCAUCGUCAUGUGGGAGGUCAUGUCGUUCGGAGAGAGGCCCUACUGGGACAUGAGCAACCAGGACGUGAUCAACGCCAUAGAGCAAGACUACCGCCUACCGCCGCCCCCUGACUGCCCCGCCCACCUCCACCAGCUGAUGCUGGACUGCUGGCAGAAGGAGCGCUCGGCUCGCCCCCGCUUCGCCGCCAUCGUCAGCGCCCUGGACAAGCUGAUCCGCAACCCCGCCUCGCUGAAGAUCGUGGCCCAGGAGGGUGCAGGGCCGUCCCACCCCCUGCUGGACCAGCGGGCCCCCCCGGCCCCCUCAGCGUGUGGCUCCGUAGGGGAGUGGCUGAGGGCCAUCAAGAUGGAGCGCUAUGAGGACAGCUUCCUCCAGGCUGGAUUCACCUCUGUAGAGCUACUGGCCCAGAUCACUGCUGAGGACCUGCUGCGUCUGGGAGUGACCCUGGCUGGACACCAGAGGAAGAUCCUGUCCAGCAUCCAGACUCUGACCAUGACCAAGAGCCCUGGCACCAUACGCUUCUAACCCCGGCACAAUUUACCUUGACCCCCGACCUCUGACCCUCACCCAACACAGACACCAGCACGCACAUCGCACACCCAUGGACCCAGCCAGCACCCUGCUACAACCACACAGUCCCUGACCCUGGCACCAACCGGGCCCAUUCUUAGACGUGAAGUCCAUCAGUGACUGAGCGUAGUGACAGCACCUCAAGUUGAACUAAUUCUAGAUGACCUUCCCUACUACCUGACCAACCUGUCCUUACUGAUCAGUCAAGUGAUCAGUCAGGCCUGGUGCCGAGGACUGGUAGUAGGCUGCUGUGCUCUCUAUCCUCGAUGCAGUGGGAAAAGUAGAAGAGGUAAACGCUUUAUGCAAAACAUCUUUCAGUGAGGACCCAUUACACUUCUUUGCUGAUCUGAAGUUACGGGUUAUACGCGCCCCACCAAGCUUCUGGGAGAGCGUGAUCGUCCCCUUUUGAUAGGCUGCUGGAGCCUCUCGGACUGCCUCUCUGGCCAGUUCAUCCUCACUCCGCCUCCACUGCUUCACUGCUUGAAUGUUUACCUGUGGUCCUAAACAAACUGGUGAUACCAUUGAAGGAACAGGCCAGUGCCAACGCCAACCCAAGGACUAAAGCUUAUCUAUUGGUGUAUUCCGCCAGUGGCAGACUAGGCUACCGCAACAUGGAUUAUUAAUCCACGGGAAUUAUACGAUGAUGUGGAGGGAUGACACCUUYUUCAGCGGACCUGGAAAACGUGUGUUUGGACUCUUAUCGAAUCGGCCUCACUUUUUCCUUUGGUUUCAAAAUGGCCUCGGUUUUCCUCAGGUGUUAUGGGUAAUGUGGGCGUUUGGACCAGAACAGACUGUAGUCAUACAAGCCUUCAUUUCCUUAUCUUCUUCAGUGACAAUGUGUGACCCUCCUGGGUCAGUCGUGUGGGAGGAGAGCAGGACUGAGACGUAUCAGCACUUUUAUAUAUUGAACAGACAGAAGUUGGGUUUUUAGUCAGUUCUCUGUCUCUCCAACCCKCCUGUCAGCAGCUACAUUACUUCCUGUGUUUCUCUUGGAGUAUGGCUGGCUGGCAUUUCCACUUCCUGUUGCUGCUGGACUGGGCAGCUCACUUCCACACACUCAGACUGAAGGAGGUCCUUGACCAUUUUUACUUGGGACUUUGACCAGGAAAAAUACCAGUCUGGCCUCAUUAUUUGGUUGAUAUUAUAGGUGGUCAGUUUUUCGUCUUGCUUGAGUGCCAUUUGAUCUUCUAUGUGGACUGAUAUCAAAAUGCCUGUUCUAUAAAGCAGAAAGCCCUCCCUGGGUUAUGUAGUUAGAUCUGCCAUACAGAAGUCUCUUCAGAUGCCACCAUUUUCACAUGUUUGGGGAGAUUGUGUGGUUCCUUGUUACUAAAGGAUUGUGGGAAAUGUGGUCUUCACAUUGAGGAUCUGCUAUGAAAACGGGAACCCCUCUUUUAUAAAGUUUCCUUUCARAAUAAUGUAUAGGUAUGUAUGAUUUGAUUUGCCCAUCCUUUCUGUGUGUAAUCUGUACUCAGUCACAAUAAAGACACACACCGGUGUUUAUCA